AUGUCGGAAUUGGAGAAAAGCACCACCUUUCACGAUUCCAGAAAUGGAGCUGUUCCUGAGUUGGAGAAUGCCAACACACACGGCACUUACCUGGCGGGAGACGAGAUAGCCAGGCUGUCUGAGGAGCAUCGCCAGUAUCUCCUCGAACGACACGGCACACUCGAACUCGAUCCCGUCCCUUCCAUGACGGACGCAGAUCCUUACAACUGGCCACGAUGGAAGAAAAUCAUCAACCUGCUGCUGGUGGCAUUCCAUGCGCUGAUGUCCACCUUCAUGGCUUCGGGAAUCAUUCCUGCUUACGAGAACAUCGCUGAAGAUCUCGGUGUCACCCUACAGCAGACCUCCUACCUCACCUCAAUACAAAUUGCCGUUAUUGGCGGCGCGCCACUCUUCUGGAGACCACUAUCCACCCGCUACGGACGCCGUCCCAUCUUCAUAAUCUCCUUGAUUGGGAGCAUAUGCUUCAACAUCGGAUGCGCAAAGACGAACACCUACGCCGCCAUGGCGACCUGCCGCGCCUUCGUCUCCUUUUUCAUCUCCCCCGCUGCAGCCAUCGGCUCCGCCGUCGUUGUCGAAACCUUUUUCAAGCACGAACGCGCCAAGUUUAUGGGCGUUUGGACAAUUAUGUUGACUAUCGGAGUUCCCCUAGCCCCAUUCAUCUUUGGGUUCGUCACAUACAACGUCGGGUACCGCUGGAUCUAUUGGAUUUUCGCCAUCAUCAACGGCGUUCAGCUCUUCCUAUAUAUCUUUCUCGGGCCCGAGACGCGCUUCAUCCGACACCACAAGUCCAUCCAGGACCUCCCAAGCUUCAAGGACUCGUACUUCAGGUUCCGCCGCAUUGACCCGACCCCUAUCACUGCGUACGAGUUUGUCUCGCCGCUGAGGCUCGUAAUGUACCCUUGUGUCAUGAUCCCCGCCGCCUCCUACGCCAUGGUCUUCUUGUUCGCGAGCGUGCUCUCGACGGUCGAAGUCCCGCAACUCUUCGGGGAGAAAUUCCACCUCAACGCCCAGCAGAUCGGCCUGCAGUUCCUCAGCCUGAUCAUCGGUUCGGUCAUCGGCGAGCAGAUCGGCGGCCGCGCGAGCGACAUGUGGAUGCGUAGGGGCGGCAGGAAGCGCGCGGACGGACGACCCGCGCCGGAGUUCCGCCUGUGGCUCACAUACCUGGGAUAUGCGCUGGUCAUCUGUGGGAUCGUUGUGUUCCUUGUGCGCAUCGAGCAGGCGGCGCCGCUCAAGUGGAACGUCACGCCUCUGGUGGGUGUUGCCAUUGCCGCAGCGGGGAACCAGAUCGUGACCACUGUGUUGAUCACGUACGCGGUUGAUUGCUACCACGAAGAGGCUGGAAGCAUUGGCGUGUUCAUCAGCUUUGUGAGGCAGAUCUGGGGCUUCAUCGGGCCGUUCUGGUUCCCGCAGAUGUUUGAGCAUGUGGGGAUAGCAAACAGUGCGGGUGUUGCGGUUGCGAUGCUUGUUGUGGUUAGUGUGAUACCAACGUUGGUCCUGCAGUGGAGGGGGAAGUUCUUCCGGCAGAGCGAAAUGAAAGCGAGGAUAUAG